AUGUUAAUUCCUCGUCCAGAAUGUCAAUUUGAACUUCGUUCAGAUAAAGACAGAAUUAGAUUAAAAUUAUUUAAUUUGAGGAAGAAAGCAACAAAAUCAACAGCUAGUACUUUAAGUAUUUCUUUUAGAACAAGCAAACCAAAUGGGCGUUUACUUGAAUUACUUGAUGGUGGUAAUGGACCUUUAGGGGCGCUUGAUCUUGUUGAUGGUUAUCUUCUUUUCUCAAACCAUAUUAUCCAUCCUUCAAAAUUACUUGCUGAUGGCCUUUGGCAUACAAUACAUUUACAUUUGCAUUCAUUAUCUGUUCGGAUUGACAAUUUGGGGACAUCUCUUUCAUUACGUGAAAUUUCUGAUUUUGGUGAGCCUAAAUGGAUUGAUAUUCUUGUUCAUGGAGAAGUUGCCGCCCUUCGAAUUUUGGAUAAUAAUGGAGAUGAUGGAGGGGAAGAACAAUGGAUUUGUAAUGAUUUGACAAAUACCGAUUUACUCGAAGUUCGUCAAUCCCUUCCCCAACAACAUAUAUUCUCUCAACCAGCAUCUUGUGCACCUUCUAACCUAGAACAAAACUUUUGUAAUUGCAAAGGACCUAAUUCUGCUUUAAUUCAAAAUGGGGGGUUUUCUCUUAGUAAUUCUCAAGUUGCCAAAUGUUCUUUGUUGCCAGAUGAUGAAAAUUCUUCCGUCCAUUUAUCUCGUUAUUCUGAUCGCCUUGCUUUUUUACUUAUUCCAAUGGAAAAUAACAAUUUUGGUUUAAAAACAACAAUUUCUGUCCUUUUUAAAAGUGAAAAGGAAUCAGGUUUAAUUUUAUUUGGAGUAUUUUCUCCACCAAUUUCACCAACAAAUGGGCAACAAAAAGUUUUAUUAAAUGGAGGGGGAAGUCUUGGAAGAAUUCAAGUACAUUUUUUUGAUAAUAAAGUUUUUGCUUCACAAUGUUUACUUUUGGCUGAUGGAAGUGAAAAAUGUUAUUCUUGUUUUGUUAAAUUAAAUAAAGCCUUUGGUUCUCACGACCAAUGGACAAGAAUUUCACUUUUUCAUCAAUUAGGCAAUAAUUUUAUGUCAGUUGAUGAAUUAGUUUGUUUAUUAUCUCCAAAUUCGGCAGUUGUAGAUUCUUCAGAAUUAUAUAGAAUUACUGCAAAAAAUUUUCUCUUUGUUGGCGGCACUUUUUAUGCAAAAAAUAUUUUGUUAAAUAAAAUUGUAUCAGAACGAUUUAAAAAAGAUUUUCAAGACAAUACAAAGGAAAAAGCUCCAUCUUUGGAGGGCUGUAUUGCUGAAAUUUUAAUUAAUGGAAAUAAAUUAAAUAUUCCUCAAUUAAUUAAUGAACAGAAAGAAAGGGCAGCUAUUAAUAAAGAGAAUUUAAAUAAUAUUUUUUCUAUUAAAUUGGGUAAUUGUGGAAAUUGUCCAAUUGAAUGUGAAGGAGCACCUUGUUCUCGUCAUUCUGAUUUACCUAUUUGUCAAUGUUCUAAAAUCUAUUCCCCGUCAGACAAAGAAGUUGGUGGAAAUUGUUUGAUAAAUAAAACAACAGAACAAUUUAAAAAUAAAUAUUUAAUUGAAAAUCCUUCUUCACAAACUUCUAAUUCAAUUAAAAUUCCAAUACAAACACCUUCUUUAAUAGCUAAUAAUGGACGUCCUCGAAUAGCAAAAUUAAAUAAAAUUUGGAUUUUAUUUAAAUUACCAGAAAAUAAAUUAAAUAAAGAAUUAUUUUUAAAAAUUGGAAGUUUAUAUUUAAAUAUUGAUAAUUAUGGACAUAAAGUUUUAUUAGAAUCAAAAGAAUAUGGGGUAUUUGAAGAAUUUUUAAUUGAACAAACACUUGAUUCUCGUUUACAUUUAUUUUCAAUUGAAAGAAAAUUAAAUAAUUUUGGGGCAAAUAAUGAUGGAAAUUUAUUGAUUCGUUUUGAUAAUCAAAUUAAAUAUUUACAAUUAGAAGAAUUACCUAUUUUUGUUUUAUCCCCUACUUCAAUUGAAACAUUUGAAAUUGAAGUUUUUCAAAAUAAAGAAGAGAAUGGGGAUUUAAUUGAUGAUAUUAAUGGGUGUAUUGAAGGUAGAUUUUAA